AUGUCGCAAACAAUCAGUCAUGCAGCCGCCAGUUCUUACAGCCAGUCAGGCUUCUCGAAUCGUAUGGGAUGGGGAAGCCGGCCGGCCAUUAUCUUGAUUGAUGUAUGCAAGGCAUAUUUCACGGAAACUUCGCCGCUUUCUCUCCUCGCAAACCCAGCCGGUGCUUCGUCACCAGAAUCAAUGCGAAAAGUACUCGCAGCAGCACGCUCAGGCGGAGUACCUGUGGUCUGGACCAAGGUAGAGUAUUCCAGGACCGACAUGUCGGAUGCCGGACUGUUUUGGCAAAAAGCAAAAGUCCUGAAUGUCUGGCUGCAAGGGGAUUCGAGAGGCUUAGCAGAAUGCGUACCCGGACUAGAGCCACAGCCGGACGACGUCGUUGUGGUCAAGAAGUAUCCCUCCGCAUUCUUUGGGACUUCCCUGGCCUCGGAACUACAGUGCUUGAAUGUCGAUACGCUGGUGAUCUGUGGCGUGAGCACAUCUGGAUGCGUAAGAGCGACUACUUUGGAUGCCAUGCAGUACGGCUUCAGACCUAUGGUGGUGGGAAGUGCAUGCGGUGAUCGGACCCCUGAGAUUCAUAACUCCAAUUUGUUUGACUUGGAUGCCAAAUAUGCAGAUGUAGUGGAGGAAGCCGAAGCUGUAGCAAAACUAAAAGCUGGAUGGCCUUGA